UCACCCGGAGAUGGAUGUGGUCAAGGAGGGCGAUGUGGAGGAGGUUCAAACUGUGUGAACAAGAUUUGUACAUGUCCUGCUAACUACAUCGUUUAUGAACAGCAAUGUCGAUUACAACCAAUAUCACAGCCAGGAAUGAGGUGCGGAAGAGGUGAACGAUGCGUCGGUGAUUCAUAUUGUGAUUAUGAUCGUAGCACAUGCGUUUGUCGCAAUGACUUUGUUGCAAAUGCUGGAAAAUGUCAACCGCCCACUGAAGUCGGUGUCCAAUCACUGUCGAUGUUAUUACGUGGUUCAACUCACUCUUCUUCUUCUUUCACAACAACAACGUUUGCUCCAUACGCGUCAAUCACUCGAAUUCCCUCCGAUACACAACAUCCGAUUGAAGCAGCUGAAACUCCAACAGAUUCACCUUUUACGAUAAUCGGUCAUCACAUCAUAUCGCAGGUGUCACAUCCCUCCGCGUCAACUCAGCGAAAGACAUCCCAUCAAAUGCGUUCAGCCGGACACAUUUCAGCAGAAAAUCAAAGGCGUGUCGUAAAUACGGAACGUCUGUCCAAACAGGGCAGCCAAAUUCAAAGCAGAUCAGAUCAAGUUAUACCUAACGGUCGAAAUUCUACAUCAGAUGUUAGCAAUGAUGCGUAUCUCAAGUCAGAUCAGGCAAAUGUGGUUGAUGAGAUUGUCAAACCGGCUGACGAAGUAACGGUGGUGAAUCAAAUACAAACGGUUAAAUCCAGACAGUCACCCACACCAGUUGGGGCGAACAUGAGAUCUGAUGUAGAAGAAGGCUCGAGAUCGAUGGCAUCAGCUCAGUCAGCCUAUCGUGUGACUCGCUGUCGAGAUGACAGAGACUGCAGUGGUGGCACUCGAUGUGCUCGAGGCUAUUGCUUAUGUCCGGUAUAUCAUACGUUGAUUGAUGGCCAAUGCCAUUCUGCGAAUUCGGCAACAACAAUUUCAGCGGCAACUUUAGGUUUCGUUGAGCAUUAUUUCUGUUUUGAAACAAGACCGCGACGUUGUGUAGCAUCAAUUCAGUGCUCGAAUGGUACUGAAUGCAUUUGGGGUGUUUGCCGUUGUCCUCGUGGCACUACACAAUCGCAGCUCGGAGUCUGUUCACCGGAAAGGACAGGUGAAUUUUGUCACGAACUUAUCAGUUAUCGAAAAAAAAAACCUUACAAGACUCGGUGA